UUAUCUUUCUCUUGCUAUGUGCAGCCAUGCCCUUGCUCCAGUUCCCACUCGUAGCCUGUGUUGCUGCACCAUCUUUUAAGCUGCUAGAUAUGGAAUUUGAGGAUGCCAAAGUGAAGAAUGCGGUGAUUGUCGGUGGUGGACUGGGAGGUCUAGCAGCAGCUAUUCAGCUAAGGAAGCGCGGAAUCGAUGCCCAGGUUUAUGAGAAAAAUUCUAUCAUAUCUGGAGGAGAAGGCACACUUAUUUCAUUGUUUCCCAAUGGAUGCCGGGCACUCUUCGAAGGAAGUCCCGAGCUGGUAACAAAGAUGAGACGUGAAGGUAUCGCAGACUCUAAAUCGAGCAUUGUUCCUCCGGAUGCUAGUUUUCAGCUCGGAGAAUGGUCAUUGAGCUCUCAAAUGGAGCAAAAGUAUGGUCAUCCAAUGAUAGCAAUCAUGUGGAAGCAUGCUUUGAGAAUACUCUCGGAAGAACUUCCGGACGCUUGCAAGCACACAGGCUAUCAGUGCGUUGGUGUCAGCCAGGAAGAAGAUGGCUCAGUUGCGCAUUUUACCAAGGGAGAGGAGCACUACAGCGUGAAGGCUCCGCUGAUCAUUGGCGCAGAUGGAAUUCGAUCCACUGUGCGUUCUUCGCUGUUUGGUCCCAUAGCUCCCCGUGACAACGGACGAACAAUGUGGCGAGCUGUAAUCGACUCUAGUCUUUGCCAGAACAAGGUGCUCAACAGUACUGGAGCUACAACCUCGGCUGCUAAUGGACGCACGGUGUUUAUCGUGAACGGAGUUCACGGAAAACUCUACUGGGCCUUGAGUGUAACAGAUGAAGCUACAAACGGCGACACGGCAAGGAGAUCUACAAACACGCUGGAGAUGAAAGAAAGACUCCUGGAGUAUUAUAAAGGAUGGAGCCUCGCCACUCAGAUUGUUGAGGCUACAGAACCAGGUCUCAUUCUGGAACGCAGAGUUGUGGACCUGCCGGUGCUUGAAAAAUGGUCUAAAGGUUCCACCGUCCUGCUUGGGGAUGCUGUUCACGCCGUGACACCGGCACUUGGCCAGGGCGCAAACAUGGCAUUUGAGGACGGACUUGAGCUCGCAAUGCAAGUCUCAAGUUGCUCCAAUCUACAGAGCGCUCUAGAGGCGUAUCAGGCACGAAGAAUUCCUCGUGCAAAGGAGAUAUCUGCAGCCUCACAGCGGCAACUACAGUCUCAGGAAUUCUACGAUUGGCUCUACAGUCAAUAGGAUAGGAAAAUCUUUUUAACAAAAGCAUGUUCGCUAUUUUUAACGAAGCUUCUGCGACUACUGCUGCUUAAAUUU